UGGGGACUGAGCUGGCUGGGGAGGGGUCCGUGGGACACUGGGAUUUGGUGAGUUAUAACCGGCUUGGGGGAUUCCCCUCCCCCCUUUCAGACUAGGGAGUCUCGGGGGGCUGUGGUGCUCGGGGGGAAAAGCCAGUUUGUUUAGUCCCCCUCGCUCACACCCCAAAAGCUGUGAGCCUUGUAGUUAAAAGUUUAAUCUAAACACCCCCCCCCCAUAUAGUUGUAAAAUAAUUGAAGUUGGUAAACGUACAUGGAUUUGAUUGGCUAAAAAAUUAUUUCUGUGCAGAUGGAAAGCAUCUGUGUGGCCAGCAUGUAAUUAUUUUUACACCUCUAGAAUAGUAGUUAGAGUCAUUAAAGAUCCCACCUUAUGCGCUGGCAAUAAUGUAUUUAAAGAUGCACCUGCUUAGUAGGAGAGCAUACAGGGGCUUGCUUUUCAGUCAAGGUUCCAUGGCAACUUGCCUUAGAAGAGGCAAAAGUUUAAUCAAGCCCUGUCUAUGUAGAAAUAUCAGCCUCUCCUGUCAGAGAUAUACAAUUAUGGCUUCGUGGAUAAUAGAUAGAUAUGGGCGAAAUGAUGUGCUACGAUUUACAAAUAACAUGACGUUCCCUAUAAUACAUUUUCCAAAUGAAGUCAUUAUUAAAGUCCAUGCUGCAAGUUUAAACCCUAUAGAUGUUAAUAUGAGAAAUGGUUAUGGAGCAGCUGCUUUAAAUGCGAAACGUGAUCCACUGAAAUUGAAAAGCUCCGAGAGUGAAUUUCCUCUAACACUUGGUCGAGAUGUAUCUGGUGUAAUUAUGGAAUGUGGGCUAAAUGUGUCCUAUUUCAAACCUGGGGAUGAGGUAUGGGCAGCAGUUCCUCCCUGGAAGCAAGGCACUAUAUCAGAGUUUGUUGUAGCUAGUGGAAAUGAGAUCUCUCACAAGCCCAAGUGUCUCAGUCACAUAGAAGCUGCCUCCAUACCAUAUGUCGGUCUAACAGCAUGGUCUGCAAUGAACCAAAUUGGGGGACUGAACCAAGAUAAUUGCAGUGGGAAACGAAUAUUAAUUUUCGGCGCUUCAGGUGGAGUUGGUACCUUUGCAAUCCAGCUAAUGAAAGCUUGGGGUGGUCAUGUGACAGCAGUUUGUUCUCAGGAUUCCAGUACCCUGGUGAAAAAGCUUGGAGCAGAUGAUGUGAUUGAUUACAAAUCUGGAGAUGUAGCAGAGCAACUGAAAAUGUUACCAUUGUUUGAUUUCAUCCUAGAUAAUGUUGGUGGACCCACUGAAAAAUGGUCUCCAGAUUUCCUCAAGAAAUGGUCAGGAGCCACAUAUGUUACUUUGGUAACACCCUUUCUACUGAACGUGGACAGGCUUGGAGUAGCUGAUGGCAUGCUGCAAACAGGAAUCACGAUUGGAACCAAAGUUGUAAAGCACCUCUGUAAAGGAAUCCAUUAUCGAUGGGCAUUUUUCACACCGAGCGGCCAAUCUUUGGAUGAGAUAGCAAAACUGGUUGAAUCAGGAAAGUGGUGAAAUGGAGAAGGGGGUGGGAGUGAAGGCCAUGGAAGGUGGGACUUGAGAGAUGCAGCAGGGAAGGAAAUGCAGACAUAAGAAAGGAGAGAAACAAAGGCAUGGAAGAGGGAGAGAAACAGAAAGGUGGUGGGGAAGGAAGAG